AUGUCGACCGAUUACAAGUUUCAAGGAUGGCUGGGCCUGGAUCCGGAGUCGGUCAAGGGCAAGAUGGUGUGGAAGGAGUAUGAGCCGAAGCCCUUCGAGGAGACCGACGUCGACAUCAAAAUCACUCAUUGCGGCGUGUGCGGGUCAGAUCUCCAUACUCUGCGAUCCGGCUGGUACCCUGCGGACUAUCCUGUCUGCGUGGGUCACGAAAUCGUCGGCCACGCAGUCCGCGUCGGAUCCAAGGUUAAGGACAUAAAGGUCGGCGACAGGGUCGGCGUUGGCGCCCAAGCGGGAGCCUGUAUGAACCAGAAGGGCGACUGUGAAGCCUGCGCCGACGGCCUGCAGCAGCACUGCCCGCAUCUGGUCGGGACGUACAACUCCAAGUGGCCCGAUGGAAGCAAGUCUUAUGGUGGUUACGCCGACUACUGGAGAGGAAGUUCGGAUUUCGUCAUUCCAAUUCCCGACGGCAUCCCUUCUGACGAAGCAGCGCCAAUGCUUUGCGGUGGUAUAACGGCCUUUUCUCCUCUCACACAGCACGGUGCUGGGCCCGGGAAAAGAGUCGGCAUCAUCGGCAUCGGCGGGCUGGGGCAUUUCGGUAUACUUGGAGCCAAAGCUCUGGGAUGCAGCAAAAUUGUGGCGAUUUCCCGAACUUCCACCAAGAAGGCCGAUGCACUGAAGAUGGGUGCUGACGACUUCAUCGCCACCGACGAGGACGAAGACUGGGCGACCAAGCAUGCCGGCACUCUUGACAUCAUCGUUUCAACGGUGUCUUCGCCCAAAAUGCCACUCCAGCAGUAUCUGCAGCUCUUGAGACUGCAGGGCAAGUUUGUCCAAGUCGGAGCACCAGAAGAUGUCGUGCCCCCAAUCAACAUGUUCGCGUUGAUCUCCAAACGGGUUUCUAUCGCCGGCAGCUUGAUCGGUUCUCCUCAAGAAAUCAAAGACAUGUUGAAGUUGUUUGUCGAGAAGGGAGUGCACACAUGGAACAACAACGUUCCCAUGAAGGACGCGAACAAGGUGGUUGUCGACAUGGAUGCCGGUAAAGCCAGGUAUCGUUACGUCCUUGUCAACGAGUCGAACGCAUAG